AUGGAGAUAAGAGAGCUGUACAACACAUUGCCUCCUUCCACCCUUUUCACAAUUGAUAAAUGUGUUGGGAAAGGUAAUUUUGGAGACGUCUUCAAAGCAAUGAACAAUGUCACAAAAGAAGUUGUAGCAAUUAAAAUCAUCAACCUGGACGAUUCUGAAGAGGAAACGUUUGAGAUUAUUAAAGAAAUGAGGUUGAUGUCUCUUUUAAAGUCACCAUACAUUGCCCGGUACAUUACAACUAUCAAUGAGGACUAUUUGAUGUGGAUCGUGAUGGAGUACUGUGGGGGCGGCUCCGCUCGAGAUCUGAUCAAAACUUGCUACAGAGAAGGGCUAGCGGAAAACAAGGUGGCAUUUGUUGUGAAAAGCGUAUUGUUGGGACUACAAUACCUACAUGCUCAACACAAAAUCCACAGGGACAUAAAAGCUGCCAACAUUUUGCUGACAGAUUCAGGUUUGGUCAAAGUGGCAGAUUUCGGUGUGAGUGCUGAGAUGCGGUCCACAAUGAAGGCCAAGACGUUUGUUGGGACACCGUACUGGAUGGCACCAGAAGUUGUAAUGAAUGAGGGAAUGGGGUACAACGAAAAAUCCGAUAUUUGGUCCCUCGGAAUUACAACGUACGAAUUGCUAAAGGGUGUGCCACCUCUCGCAAAAUACGAUGCAAUUAGAGUAAUGAGAAACAUACCAAAGAGGAAACCACCCAAACUUCACGGUGCGUAUACAAACCUUGUUAAGCACUUUAUUGCCACUUGUUUGAUAAAGGACCCUGAAAAAAGACCUAGUGCCAGUGAGUUGCUAGAGCAUGAUUUUAUGGUCAAGGGUCCUGGUAACGUGGAAAAUUUGAAAAAUGAGGUCUCUUACUUAAAAUUUACUAAGGAAACGCAAGCAGUCGCAAGAAAGAAAUCAAGGUAUGACAUCAAUGAGCAGGGGGAAAUCCACGAUAGCGAAAACUGCGCGUCUGAACAAGUUGACGAUAGAAGUCCGAUAUUUGAGCUCAGCACCAAACAGCCCCCUUACAAGAAGGAGUCAUGGGUAGCUCAAGAGGUAAUGAGUCCGCCAGAAUUGAACGAGUCCUCAGAAGACCCUAGUCCAAUAUCUCCCAAUAUACUGAAAGAGAAGGAUUCUGGUAUUUCUAAAAACCAAACGGAAACACCAAUUACAAUGGAGAGCGCACCAUUCAAGAAGGAUGGUGAAGAUAAGAAAAAUACCGACCAUACAGUUGAGCGGCUUGUAAAUGGUUGUAAUGGUCUCACUCCUUUUGAGCUGGGAUCAGGCAUGGAGAUAGAUCCCGAAACAGAUUCGAAAAGGUUGACAUACGAACAGAACAACGUUGAAUGUAGUAGUGACGAGCCAUAUAAAAAUGCAGUUAGUGAUCACCCGAAGUCUAAUGAGCAGAAUGUACCUGACAAACUGGUAGAGUACGAGUUACUUAACAAUUUUGUUCAUGUUGUUUCUCCAAGUUUGAAAAGAAUGGAAAGUAGGGCAACCGACUCUACAACAAAAACCUACGUAAAUUCUUUGCUGGAUACAUUUGCAGCUUUAGAAGAGGUCAUUCCAGGAUUCUGUGAUGUAUUCAUGGAAGAAAUCAAUUCACGCAUGGAAAUGGUUCGUGAAUACGUAGUUCACAAACCUUGA